CAAACGUCACUUUGCAAAUUAAAAAAUUACGUUUACGGUCGGACAGCCAACUUGUAAAUUGGUUUAUUUUGACCAAAAUAAUUAAAUUAGAAAAGAACAUUGUGCUAACAAAAUAAACAUAAUGUCCAAGGUUCUUAAAGCGUCAACUGGCCUAACAGGAUUGGCCGUUUGCCAUAAUCCUCACCAUGUACUAUCUGUAUUAUAUGGAAAGAUCCAAAGAGCUUUAACAAAGAUGCCAUCAGAUGCUGCCUAUCGCAAGUACACCGAAAAAAUUGUAACCGAACGUGCUAACUUGGUUAAUUCUACAAAAGAUAUCCCAGCUCUUGAAAAAGCAAUUGGUUGUGGUCAAGUUGAAGAACUAAUUGUCCAAGCUGAAAAUGAACUUAUUCUUGCACGUAAAAUGCUCGGUUGGAAGCCAUGGGAAUCUCUAGUAAAGCCUGCUCCAGCCAAACAAUGGGAUUGGCCACCAGCACAGAUCAAAGAACCCCAAUUGUAAAUAAUUUAAAGUGAAUUUUUUUUGUUUCCAUCAACACUAAGAACUUCGAAGCAGAAAAAUAAAAAAAAGCUUUCACAGCA